GUUGUAUAAAUAUGAGGAUGAAAAUUCAUUAACGGUAGCAAAAAGUCUCCAAGUUUAGAGGAGAUUGAGAUUAAUUUGUAAAAGAUUAGCUUUGUCCUCUUUACUAAGGAUUUUUCCACUUCGUUUUUGGGGAAUUUUCAAGAAAUUUGGAACUUGUAAGGAAAUGGAAUAUUAUGGCUUUAAUCAACAAUGGCCUAUUGGUUCAUUUGAUGAGCUUAGUGCUAUAUCUAUAGCUGCUUCAUUUGGUGAGAAUACUUUGCAUGAUUCAUUCAUCUAUCAUGAUCAGCCAAUACUAGGCCAUAAAAGGCCUAUAGAAUUGUCCCAAACUGUUGAAGAAAGGCCACUAAAGAAUCCCAAAACAAGUCACAGCUGGAACAAUAAUAACAAUUCCUAUCAUGAAAAUGACCAAAUGUUGAGCUCACAAUCUGUGGCUUCUCCCAAUUACUCCCAUUUAAUCAACUCAAAUAAUUUGAGUAACCAACAAGAUGUGACAAUGAAGCCCAAAGAGGAAACAACUUUGUCAUCCAGCAGUAUAACUUUUGCUGCUGAUCAUCACAACAAUAUGGUUUGUCAUCAAGAUUCUUUUGCCAAUCAGAAUUACAUGUUUAAGGCGAAUAAUUCAUGCCAAGGUGCUAAUAAGAGUGUUAGCACUAAUAAUGGGAAACUAACACACGCUCAAGAUCACAUCAUUGCUGAGAGGAAAAGACGCGAAAAACUCAGCCAAAGAUUCAUUGCUUUAUCUGCCCUAAUUCCUGGACUAAAAAAGAUGGACAAGGCUUCAGUUCUUGGAGAUGCAAUAAAAUACUUGAAACAACUCCAAGAGAGAGUGAAGACACUUGAGGAGCAAACAAAGAAAAAAUCUGUAGAAUCUGUUGUAUUUAUGAAGAAAUAUGAACUUUAUGGAGAUGGUGAAAAUUCUUCAUCAGAUGAAAACAACUCAAUUGGUACUCAACAAAUGGAUGAGGCACUCCCAGAAAUUGAAGCAAGAAUAUGUGAGAAGGAUGUAUUAAUUAGAAUCCACUGUGAGAAAAGGAAAGGAAUUGUUGAGAAAACAGUUACUGAAAUUGAAAAACUUCAUCUAUCAAUCAUCAACACAUGUGCCUUGACUUUUGGAACUUGUGCUCUUGACAUUACUAUAAUUGCUCAGAUGGAUGAGGAAUUUGCAAUGACAGUAAAGGAUCUUGUCAAGAAUUUGCACACAGCUCUCAAAAUGGUUAUAUGAAGGGUGUGAUCGAUCGAUCAACUUAUCAUAAUUUCUUUUUAAAGUGUUUGAUACAGCGAAAAGUCAUUUUACUCUCUCUUUAAUUUUUCCAUUUCUUGGAUGUUUAGGCUUGUGAUCAGGUCAAAGUCACCCUUUUUCAAAAUCAAUCAUGUCCUUUGAAGCUUUUCGCCGUGGGGAUUAAUUUAUUCAUUUUGUAGGGAGGAUUUUUUUUCAACUUCUCUUUUUUUGCAUGGUUCAAUUUAUUAAUUAACCAUGUUCAAUUUAUCCACCCUAUUGUAAAAAGAUCGUUGACCCCAUGGCUUAGGCUUUUUUGUUUUCUCUUUAUUAUACAUAUUUUUCCACAAGGAAGGUUGAGAUAUUCAACGAAUACCAAAGUGGUCGGAGAAAAGGGACAAUACAAGGUUUUCAUUUUUUUAGGGGUGAAAAGGCAGAUUGUAGGCUUUUUAUCAUUAAUUUGCUUUAGUUUGUCAAUGUUUUAGACAUCCUCUUGAGUUAUCUCUAAUUUGGAGGGUCUCUUUGUUGUUAUGUAAUGUUAUUUGGUUUAUGAUAUGGAAUAAAACCACUUUAUUAUUGUCUA